GUCAAAUUUCUGACUAGAAAUACAGCUAAUCAUUAAGAAAUGGUUAAUUAUCAAAGUCAAACAGCUGCAAUCUUUACUUGCAACCUAACUUGUCAGAUUAUCGGGAUGUCGGAAGUAGUCACCCUGAAUGACAUGAGGGUCAUAAUCUAGAUCAUUUUGUUAACCACCAAAGUCCGGUUCACUUAACUGAAAUUAAUAAAGCCUGAGAAGAUGGAAUCAACGACUGAAGUAUAUUUCAGGCAACGGCCUCUUCCUUGACUUCUUGUUUUUUCAUUCUCGUCGCCUUUCCAUCAAAACCGUCAUCUUUCAGUAUCUUUAACCAUCUUUAUCCUUCUCUUCCUCUUCUCUUAUUUUUCAUAAAUAAUCAGCGGCUUUAAUCUAAUCCUGCCCUGAAAAGUCAUUGGAAAUACAUGUUUUUCCUGUUAUUUUUGACCGCAACUUAAAGAUGGAUCACUAUCUAACCUUCAUCAUCAAAUUGGCAGCUCCUUUUUUCUUAAUCAAUUAAGUUGUACUGCUUCAUUUCAUUUCAAAAUUCCAAACUUUAUUCAUUAAUCUGGUUUAACCAAAGAGGACAGAAUUUAUCCGUUAACUCAUUUAGUCGUUCAUUUUGAUUCCUUAGUUUCAGCCGCAAUCAUCAUCCUCUACUCUUUCUAAGCCUUUACUAGGAAAGUUGACAACAAUUAUCCAUCUAUGGACCUGUUAAUCCCAUUCACCUUGUUACUUGCAUUGGUCUCUUUAGGUUCAACAUCUCCAGUUGCUGUUAAGAGUGAUUCAAAUAUCAAUGCUCAACCUGGUACAGAAAAACCUUCCGGUUAUGGUGAAUCUGAUGAAGCAAGUUUUAUCCUUAAACUCAGUGAAGAAGUACCCUUGGAAGGCAUUCAUCUUCCUAGCUCAGUUGAUUUGAUUGAUUCGAUUGGACACCUUAGUGCUGAAAAAGUACCCUCAUCUCCUGUUGUCGAUGAAUCAAAGAAGGAUAAGGUUGCUUCAGUACCAAUAGCCUCUGUUCAAGAAUCAGUUACUAGUCAACCUGAAGAGGCAAAGUCAAGAGAAGAAGCAGAUGAUCAAUCAGUCGGAGUAAACUCAGCUGAAGAAAAGAAAUCGGAGAUCCGUACUGAUUCUGGUGAUGAAAUCAAAGACAAAGUCUCCAGUGAAGAUGAAAAGAAUAAUCUCCAACCUUUACACUAUACAUCAGGCUCCAGUGGUGCUUCUCAAGCAACCAAUACAGAAUUACCCCAAGAAGUAACCUCAAUUUCAAAGUCACCCGAGAGUAAUGUUGCUGUCAAAAAUGUAGUCAAAGCUCCAGUAGUACCCGAACAAGCCAGUCCAAUUGUCCAGAAAGUAGCUGCUCCAAGUCAAUCGGCAGUAUCUUCUACUUCCAUCACCAAUGGUGUAACUGUUGUUACUAGUACAUCUGUCCCAGCUCAAUAUGGAAAUGGUGUUAAGCCUCAAGAAGGAUCGGAGUUAAUUGCAGAUUCUGUUGAUCAAGCAACCAAAUUAUUGAUUGAUCUUGAAGAGCAAGUAAAAAUUUACCUUAAUACUGAGGAUGAGUCUAGCUCAGGUUCAUCAUCAACUUCCGUCCCAUUAGUCUAUGGUGCUGGUUCAUCUGGAAUAGCAUUGUCUAAUCCCAGUGUUAAAGAUAUUUCUAGUGAUCUUGUUGGCGAGUCUUUACCUCCUGCUGAAGAUGAAAAUGUUAACAAACAAGGAGCCACUCAAAUUCAAUCCAUGAUUGAUGAAGUAAACCGAGUUGCUCUAAAUGUAGAGAGUGUCAUUUCUGAACUGGUUUCAAGUCGUCGUUAUGUUACCGCUGCUGUUUUCCGUUCUUUACUCAAUUAUUUGAGACGAGUUCGCAUCAGCUUGGAGCGAUUACAAAAUCGUAUGCAAACAAUCGGAGUUGGAUCUUCAGCAACUAACCUUUCCGCUGAAACCGCUGCCGUCGGAAGUGCUCUCAGUGACUCAGCAAGCGUAUCUUCAUCUUCUUCUUCCUCCUCAUCAUCAUCAUCAUCUGGAACUUCUGUUGCUAAUAUAACUAAUGGUUACUUGGAAGCAAUUAGGGAUCGAAUUUACCGCAUUACUGAUGAAAUUCGAACUUUAAUAAGUCGAUUGAGGUUGACAUUUUCACCAACAGCAUCAAGUUCAGCUCCUCAACUUCAGUGAUCAAAUUUUGAAUUUCAAAAUGAUGCUUAAUUUGAUCCGAGAAGAUUUUGUAGACUGAAUACAAAGCAAAUGAACUCGAAAGUAUUGAAAGCUACAUAUUGAGCUCAAAUGAGCAUUGAGAUUUGCUACUCUAUUUAUUUAUUUAUUUAUUUAUUUAUUUCUCGAUUUUAACUAGUAAUUUAUUAACUUAUGAAAUAAACUGAUAAGUACAUUUUUAAA